UCUCUCUCAAAGCACUUAUUCACAAUAAUUGUUUUUUUUUUCUCUGUUAACCAAACACUAAAUAGUCUCUCUGAAACGACGUCGCAGCCGAACAUGGGCACCGACGACGACGCCUUCACCUUCCUCAAAUUCAACACUCAAGGCGCCGAGGACGACCGUAGUGGAGGAGUCGGGUCGGGUCACCAGUCCGAUGCGCCACCCGUAUGGGCUGACCCAGGAAGCGCCCCGAAUCCCCAGGCAGCUGGGGCGUGCGGCAGCGGCAAUAAUAAUCAGGUGGUUGAGGCCCUAGCGGCUAGGAUGAGUGUGCUCAACUCUGAGGAUUUGAAGGAACAGGCGUGCAAUUUUCUGAUGGGGCAAGGGGAGAUAUGUGCUUGUGGAUCCUGUCUGACUCUGAAUAGAAUUGAGGCUGCUAAUGAUGAAAAGAUUGUUGGUGAUACCGAAGAGUCUUGCAUAUCCAAAGCACAUUGGAAUCAUGAGAUGGGCAUGGCUGAGGUCAUUGUUCUUGAGGGUACAAAUUGGAAGAACAUAGGAGUUAUCCGGAGCGGCAACAAGCUCUAUUGCUCUAUUUAUGAAGUUUUGUUUUUAGUUGAAAAAGGGCAUUUGCGUCUCUUGGAUGAUAGUGGUACUAGCACUUCCUUGGAGGAUAUGUAUAUGAAGAUUUCAGAUGAAAAUAAUAGGUGGUAUUGGGAGGAAUUUCAAGCGUAUAGGAUACUCAAAUCCCUUGGGUACAUUGUUGGGCAGCAUGGUAUCCCCUGGUCUACAAUUGGCGUGAAGAGUAAGUGUGAAUUUGUUUCUUCUCAAGGUUGUCCUAAAAUUGAUGAGGCGGUGGACUUCGAAACCAAUGACACUAGUUCUUCCAAUGGAUUGUUCAAUGAGAUGCAGAGUAAUGAAGCAAGACCGGUUUUUGAUGUUUAUGCCCCAAACAAAAACUUCAAGAAGUCUUCUCCUGGAGAUCCAUGUUUUGUGCUUUGUUUUACUAGGUCUCGUCCGCCAUCCAAACUAGACCUUGAAGCUCUCGAGAGACAGUGUGGGAGCAUUCCUUUAAAAUUUUGUCAUGUGGAUUAUGGAUCAGCGAGUUUCUUCUCCUUUGACAAGGUGGAACUUCCUACCCUACCUUGACAUGUAGAGUUGAUGUUUUGUAUUUAGGGUUAGUUGCAACAAGAAGAUAUGAACGAGGCAUGCUUUUGUAAUUUCAAAUUACUUGAAGCGAGAUUUUUCGCAUUGCUAUCAUGUGAAAUUUGUUAAAAACAGAAUCGCCAUUUGGCGACGCGAGCUAUUUGUCUUCAAUUUA